GUGCUUCUUUGGCAGCGACUCCGUUCAAUAUGGAGUACAGAGAGUAGCCCGUUUCACGUUACAUUUCACUGCUCUCAUUCAGAUUUCGGUCACUCCUGCCAGCCGGGCGCAAAUUAUGAACCCCCGACCCCUCCCCCGACAGAUGCCAGCCUUCAGGACUCGCUCGAGUAGGGCGCUCUCGGCAUCCGGAGGACGAUUACAAUACUCGCUAGUUUCCGCGAAAGUAACUUAGUAGCAAGGCGUGCCGACCGGCGGGGUUAGCGGGUGAAAGGUGACAUCGCCUCAGUCUAUUGACUCGUAGAAUGCACAAUGCGGCGAGUGUCUCAGCCUCCCUGGGGUCUAUGGGACUGUUGCGUCUCUUCGGGGUGUCCUGGUCCUGGAGUCUGGCAGCAGGCCUCGGGGUAUAUCUGGGCACGAGAAGCUGGAAAUACUUCUACAUUGCAGCGCGCACUGCCAAGAGAGACCUCAAUGGUCUCUACGUGCUGUUGAGGGUGAAGCUGGCUUUAUGGCGUUACAUUCGCAAUGGAAGCAACAUUCCUUCCAUCUUCGCCCAGACGGUAAAACUUCACCCGAACAAACCAGCCCUGAUCUAUGAGGCUACGGGGGAAACUUGGACCUUCACCCAGCUGGACGAGCUGUCUAACGGAGUGGCCCAUUGGGCAAGAGGUCAGGGAUGGGUCUCCGGGGAUGUGGUGGCCGUCUUCAUGGAAAGCAGACCGUUACAGGUGGCACUCUGGCUGGGCUUGGCCAAGGUCGGGGUGGAAGCUGCUCUCAUCAACUUCAACCUCCGCCAUGAUUCCCUCCUGCACUGUAUUGGGGUGUCAGGGUCGCGGGCUAUUGUGUUCGGAGCUGAGCUUGCUGAUGCCAUGUUGGAGGUCAGUUCCUCCAUCACUCAGGCCAUGGUACGGUUUUGUACAGGAGUCCUCAGUGAAGAACAUCUGGCCAGCCUGGGUGCUCAACCUCUGGACCCAGUUUUAGCCUCUGCAUACAGGCAUCCCCCUUCACCUUGUGUUCCCCCAAAAGGAAUGAAUGACCGUCUGUUUUAUAUUUACACCUCUGGCACCACAGGACUGCCCAAAGCUGCCAUUGUGGUACACAGUCGUUACUACAGAAUCGCUGCUUUCGGGUAUUUUGCCUUUCGCAUGCGCCCUGAUGACAUCAUCUAUGACUGCCUGCCUCUCUAUCACUCAGCGGGUAAUAUAAUGGGUGUUGGACAGAGUCUGAUCCAUGGCCUCACUGUGGUGGUGAAGAAGAAAUUCUCUGCCAGCCGUUUCUGGGAAGAUUGCAUUAAGUACAACUGCACCGUGGUGCAGUAUAUCGGGGAAAUCUGCCGCUACCUCCUGUCUCAGCCAGUGCGGCCGUCAGAAAAGGGCCACAAAGUUCGGUUGGCAGUGGGAAAUGGGUUACGGCCCAGUGUGUGGGAGGCCUUCACAGAACGUUUUGGGGUGGCGCAGAUUGGCGAGUUCUAUGGAGCGACUGAGUGCAACUGCAGCAUUGCCAACAUGGAUGGCAAGGUGGGAGCCUGUGGAUUCAACAGUCGCAUUCUCCCCAACGUGUACCCCAUCUGUCUGGUGAGGGUAGACGAGGACAGCAUGGAGCUAAUUCGCGACAGCCGGGGUCUCUGUGUGCCUUGCCGCCCUGGGGAGCCAGGGCUUCUGGUGGGUCGUAUCAACCAGCAGGACCCAUUACGGCGAUUCGAUGGCUAUGCUAAUCAGGAUGCUACAAGGAAGAAGAUAGCUCACAAUGUCUUCAAGAAAAAUGAUUCUGCGUAUUUAUCAGGUGAUGUGCUGGUGAUGGAUGAGUUGGGCUACAUGUACUUCCGGGACCGCGGUGGAGACACGUUCCGCUGGCGAGGAGAAAACGUCUCCACCACCGAGGUGGAGGGCAUACUCAGCAGUCUUCUGGGUCAGACUGAUGUGGCAGUGUAUGGGGUGGCAGUGCAAGGUGUGGAAGGUAAGGCAGGCAUGGCUGCCAUUGCGGACACUACAGGGAGUUUUGACUGCAAUGAUUUCUUUCAGAAAGUCCAGCAAGCUCUUCCUCCAUAUGCUCGCCCCAUGUUCCUGCGAAUCUCCCCAAAUGUAGACACCACAGGUACAUUUAAAAUUCAGAAAACCAGGCUUCAGAGGGAGGGAUACGACCCACGUCUCACAACUGACCAGAUCUACUUUUUGAACACAAGAGCUGCGCGUUACGAGGCUGUAGAUGAGGAGCUAUACAGUGCUAUAGCGGAAGCAAGAAUGUCUCUAUGACAUGGAGUCCAUAGCAAGGGAGGCAUGGUGCCUCAGUGAAAGCGAUGCUAUAGGGAGAGAGGAUAACAUAUGCAUAUGCUGGUGUUAGGAUCGGUCAGUUUUGGUGCACCAACUGCCCAGAUUUUAACCGUUCAGGGAACAGAGUUAAGAGGUCUACUCACGUAGACGGAGUAAUGUUACUGAUGAUGUUUUAACACUGUAUAAGUAACAGACCAGGACAUAGUGUGAGGGCAUUUAUUCCCUUUAAUAACCUUUUUUAAAUAUUAAAUGAACACCUCAAAAAGCCUUUGAGCAUCACCGCACAUAGAGUGGGUAUCUCCCACAACCCAUUCGAAACAGGAGCAUGUAACAACAAUGUGGUUAGGACGGCACGGGUAGUAUCAAGUCAAACUUUGUUACAGGGUAUUUUACCCAUAUGUGAAAUAUGCUGCAAGAUUAAUUCUGUGUAGGUUUAAGCAAUACUUCAGUGUGAAGCUAUGGAGUUACUGCCAUGUUUUUGGAUAAGACUGAAAGACCAGGCUUUAACAUGCUGUACAUGUGGCUACUAAAUCAAACACUAACCAUAGAGUCUUUUUUACUGCAAUGGAAAACUAAUUAACGUCAUAUUUGAACGUCUGAACAACACUGGCACAGGUUUGCAAAUACACAUACUGUAUGUGCCUUAUAUGAAACUUCACAUCUGUGUUUCAUUUUUUAAAAUGCUUUUCUUGGAAAGGAGCUCAAAAGAAAGUGGAAAUCACAGUAGUGAUUGUGUACCAUGCAAAGCUGAGUCACAAAUAGUCACUGUCAUUUUAUGUAAUAAAUCAUAUCAGUGUAGUAAUAUAUGGAUGUUAAAGACUGGUAAGCUAUUUACAAUUUCAAAUCUUCCAGACUGCAUUUGUUUUGUUGUAACUGAAAUUAAAUAUUUUAAAACAUG